AUGAACCAGGAAAAUGAAACCCAGACGUGGGUGAGAGAGUUCAUUCUGCUGGGGCUGGCCAGGGACUGGAAAGCUCAGGUCUCACUCUUUGUCUUGUUCCUGACCAUGUACUUGGUGACCGUUGUGGGAAAUGUCCUCAUUCUUCUCCUGAUCAGGCUGGACAGCAGGCUGCACACCCCCAUGUACUUCUUCCUCACCGUUUUAUCCUUUGUGGACCUUUGUUAUGCAAACAGCAUUGUCCCACAGAUGCUUGCCCACUUCUUCUCAGCCCGGAAGUCCAUCCCGUUCCCCAGCUGUGUGCUCCAGCUCCACGUGUCCCUGGCGAUGGGCGGCUCUGAGUUCUUCCUGCUGGGAGCCAUGGCCUAUGACCGCUAUGUGGCGGUGUGCCACCCGCUGCACUACACGGUCAUCAUGCAUGGGGGGCUGUGCCUGGGGCUGGCUGCCGGCAGCCUGGUGGCUGGUUUCAUGAAUUCCCUGAUGGAAGCGAUCAUCACCUUCCGGCUUCCCCUGUGUCACAAUAUCAUUAAUCAUUUUGCCUGUGAGACCCUGGCCGUGCUGAGGCUAGCCUGUGUGGACAUCUCAUUCAAUAUGGUCAUGGUGGCCAUCUCAGGGUUUCUGGUGAUCAUGCUUCCCUGUUCCCUGGUCCUAUUCUCCUACGGUCAUAUAGUUGCUGCCAUUCUGCGCAUUCGCUCUGCUCAGGGACGUAGCAAAGCCUUUGGGACCUGUGCCUCCCACCUCACUGUGGUUUGCAUGUGCUUUGGGGCUACCAUCUUCACCUACCUGAGGCCACGCUCGGCCUCUGCAGUGGAGAAGGAGAAGACAGUCGCACUGUUCUAUGCUGUGGUGGCACCUAUGUUGAACCCCUUGAUCUACAGCUUGAGAAAUAAGGACGUUAUGGCUGCUUUCCAGAAACUCUUAAGAGAAAUUCAGAGAUAA